CAAAAGCAUAAGCUGAAAAACGUGUGCCUUUUACAUGCACUUUUCCUUCCUGGGCUAAACCACAUCAUCUCCUCUCUCUAGGUUUUCCUCAGGUGUCAGGAAUGUCUUCUGAGCCCCCAUCAGAGCAGUCGCCCUCCUCUCCACCCUCACCAGGCUCUCUCCAUCUGCCCGAAAGCCGCAGGCCGAGAGAGCGCUCCCCGUCUCCCAUGAGAGGCUACCUCAUUCCUAGUCCUCUCCCAACCCGACGGACCAGGACGUUUUCAGCGACCGUGAGAGCUUCCGAGGGUCCCGUCUACACAGGAGUCUGCAAGUGCUUCUGCCGCUCCAAAGGCCACGGUUUCAUCACCCCCACGGACGGGGGCCCGGACAUCUUUGUGCACAUCUCUGACAUUGAAGGCGAGUACGUGCCCGUGGCGGGCGAUGAAGUCACCUACAAGAUGUGCAGCAUCCCGCCCAAGAACGAGAAGCUGCAGGCGGUGGAGGUGGUCAUCACCCACCUGGCGCCCGGCACCAAGCACGAGACCUGGUCAGGCCACGUCAUCAGCUCCUGA